AUGUUUGGCCGUAGCGGAGAGUAUAAGAGGCGCCGAUCAGGGCUUCAGAGCUUUAUCCGUCCAACUUCUGCAGCAACAGACGUAACAGGAACAAUGGCAGACGUCGCAGCUCCCGCUGACAAGAAGGCACCCCCAAAGUUCAAGCAGAGGGCCAUGCGCACGUUCAAGAGCAAGGCCCCCAAGCCCGGACAGAAGGGGUUUGGAGACGACAUCCCCGGCAUGGAGGGCCUGGGCACAGACAUCACAGUGGUCUGCCCAUGGGAGGCAUUUGGAGACAUGGAGCUCAGUGACCUGGCCAAAUAUGGAAUCGUAUAG